GAAUGGUCAACUGCCGUAAAGCCACCAACGAAGAAGAAAUGGGCGGAAAUUUGGAUGACAGGACGAAGAGAGGCAAAACUGUGAGUUUGUCUACGCGUGCUCUUUAAACGAAUACAGUAAAUCGUUGGAAGCGUCGAUAAAGCUGUUGAAGAAACGAUGGCUUCGUCCGGGGAGCAAAUUUGUCGAGCGAGAGAAGAAAACGUGCGCCAACACGACGACAUUUUCUUGGCUCCGAUCGUGUUGCAUUUUCAAGACAUCCAUCAGGUGAUUGGUCGCCAAGAGGAACUUCCUGGUCUGCCGCAGGCAGGGAGCUCCGGUUUGGACUGUCAACAGCCGCCCCACAUGAAAGAGGAAGAGGACGAGGUCGACAUCAGCCAGAUGCCACUGACUGUGGUCGUGGUGAAGAGCGAAGACGAAGCAGCCGAGCGGUCGCGGCUUCAUCACGGCGGUCCGAGUGGAGGAGGUUGCGGAGGAGCCCCAGCAGAUGCGCGAUUAGCUCCGCCGCAGUCACGUAGCCUCCACGCGGAAGGACCCCUAAAGCGCCAGGCAGACCGCAAAGGUGACCAGACAACCCUUAACAAGAAAACACAUCAGGCACGCACGAGCGCUCGCACUCCCAAAGAAUCGUUCACGUGCUCAGUUUGUGGUCGAAGAUUAAUGAAAAAGUCUGACAUGGACGUACACAUGAGGACGCACACGGGGGAAAAAAAGUUUAGUUGUUCAGUUUGUGGCAAUAAAUUCCGUCACAAGGUCUCUUUGGUUGCACACACAGCAAGGCACACCGGAGAAAAACUUUUCACGUGCGCAUUUUGUGAUAAAAGCUUUUCUUAUAAGCACCGUUGGAAAGCACACUUAUGGACGCACACGGGAGAAAAGUCUUUCAGCUGCUCCGUUUGUAGCGAAAGCUUUUCGUAUAAGUACGAUUUAACGAGACACGAGAGGACGCACACAAGAGAAAAACGCUUUAGUUGUUCGGUUUGCGGUGACAGCUUUGCACAAAAGGCCAGUUUGAUUGCACACAGCAUGACCCACUUAGAAAAUCCUUUCACUUGCUCAGUUUGUGGCAAAAGGUUUGCGGUCAAAGACAACAUGAGCAGACACAUGAGAACGCACACUGGGGAGAAACCUUAUUGUUGCUCAGUUUGCGGCGACAACUUUGCACACAAGGCCUCCUUGACUGCACACACAGCAACGCACACGGGAGAAAAACCUUACACCUGCUCAGCUUGUGGUGAAAGCUUUUCUUAUAAGCAGAAUUUGAACGCACACAUGCGGACACACAACGGGAAAUAAACAUUUGUCUUUGACAAAACAUGGCCUUCUCCCUCGGUCCAAUUUGCGGCUAUUGCAGUCUCGCCAGGGGUUUGUGAAAUUGAAAAAAGGUAAGAAUAUGAUGAUACAAUGGUUGGAAAAAAAUAAAUAAAUACAGAAACACAGAUCCGUAUUGUGUACAGAGUGUCCCUCAAGUCACACAUUUCCAAGGGAUGACAUUUUCAAGACAUUUCAUUCGUUUACAACUUGAACAAAUACCAUCUAUCAAACAAAAUAAAUCAUUGGGGCUUAAGUCUGGUAAAUGUGGAGACUACUCCACAUGACAAUGAAUAUUUAAUAUUAUUUCUAUGUUUCAUUCCUGGAUGUUACAAGACAUGUGUAAUGGUAUUUCCAUUGUUUCCAGACUUUAGGGACACCAUCCAUAAUGGUCAUUUGUGUGUUAAAUGUUUUGGGCUUUUUAGAAUAGCCCCUGUGAGGUUUUAUUGAUUUUGAAAGUUGCCCGAUUGCUCGCAUAGCCGUCAUAAAAUGAUAAAUAUUUUGUCUUCUCACAAUCUUUGCAAUAAACAAGUUUGUUUUU